GUGAAAACGUAGCUCAUUCCUGGUGUAGUGCGAUCCAUUGACUUCCGCAGCAAAGGAAAGUAAAGUCGGGCAGCAGGAUCCGAAUUCUCCACACUGAGAUGGAAUUUACCUUCAUCGUGUUAUCAGCCCUUGUGGCCGUCACUGAACAGCAAUUCCGUCAGCAUCCAGGUGAAGGAAUGUUUUGGUUGGCACCUUAUUAUUCACGGCAAUCAGCCACAAUCAAUGACUAUUUAUCCUCCAACUACAAUAACGACGAACUGGAAAUGCCUUGUUUUCGUCAACUGCAAAGGACUGAUCCUGGUAGUAAAGAGGCGGACCCCAAACUAAGAAACAAAGAAUUAAUUCGCUAUCAACCAUUACCUCCGAAUAACGCUCGAUUUGUCGUCAAUUUCUCGAGCCGAACGCAUUUGUUGAAUAAAGUGAACACGAUCACGUUCACGAUAACGUCAUCCGUGACAUUUACCAAAGUCCAAUCAUGCAUUCCAAGUAACCAGUUUUUUCCAAAUUUUGCUAGCGUGAUAUGCCGUCGUAAGCGAGCCGAAAUUGUGGAAUCAAUCACUAAUUGGAAAGACAUUCAAUUAGCCAUCAAACCAACUUACGUACAGCCAGUUGAACCGACGGUUAUUUUAGCGUUGAAUCUGCUGACGGAAAACGCGGAACUUCCACUAAUCAGUUCGUCCAAAGACGAGGACCUUCUGAACGAGAAGCAGAGCUCGCAAGAAAUGCCACUAUCGAAACAAUCGAGAAUGAAAAGAUUGUUUUUUCACCUUGUCACAACUACAACAGUUGUCAGUUACACGUUUUUUUCAGCAACCAGCACAAAAACGGUCAAUCUUUUGAGUGUUGUUGGGCAAGGACCAGGGUACCUGAUUUGCCGUCCUGAAGGUUUCUCGGUUUGCUCUUCAACAAGCACCAUCAACACCUAA